CUCGAGGUGAGUUGGAAGGAAAACAAGUGUUGAAAUUCUUUUUAAAAGUUGAAAUUGUUUAGAAGGAAUGUUUAAUUUGCCAUUAAUGUACGGUGUUAUGCUUUCCUGGAAUUGCGAAUUAAUACAAACAAAUGAUUCUAUAUUUUCGAGUGUCAGAACUUCAAGUUCUUCUAGGCUUUGCUGGAAGAAAUAAGUCUGGCAAGAAGCAGGAGUUACAAGCAAGAGCUUUAGAUUUAUUAAAAUUAAGAUCAGCUCCAAUUCAAAUGAAAAUAAGAGAAUUACAUAAGAGAAGGUUUCCUGGUGCUUCAAUGGCUGCUUCUACAGACUCUAAUGAUCCUUCACUUAUGUGUUCAAUGAAUCAAGCUGCUUCUCAAUUAAAAACUAAUCCUUACUCUAUGAUAAGAACUGGUUUGCCGCCACCACCAACACUUCAUCCAACAACUGCUAUAGGUUAUCCAACAUCUGGUGGAAAACAGUUACCACCAACUGUACCUACAAAUAGUGGGCAUACAUCUUAUCCAGUUCAUCCUGAUGUUCGAUUAAAGCCACUACCUUUUUAUGAUAUUUUAGCUGAAUUAUUAAAACCUGCUAGUCUUAUGCCCUCGGGAAAUGGUAGAUUUCAAGAAAAUAAUUUCCAGUUUUUUUUCACACCUAAACAAGCAGGUGACAUUGCUAUGUCCAGGGAUUUGAGACCUGGUGCCAAAAAUGAUUAUUCAGUUCAAGUACAAUUAAGGUUUUGCUUAUUAGAAACCAGUUGUGAACAAGAUGAUAAUUUUCCUCCCAGUAUUUGUGUAAAAGUCAACCAGAAAAUGUGUCCAUUACCGAAUCCUAUUCCAACAAACAAACCUGGUGUGGAACCAAAAAGACCAAGCAGGCCAGUUAAUAUUACUGGUUUGUGUAAAUUAUCUCCUACUCAUGGAAAUACUAUUACAGUUUCUUGGGCAUCAGAAUAUGGUAGAGCAUAUGCUGUUGCUGUGUAUUUAGUACAGAGAUUGGGUUCUUCAACAUUAUUGCAAAGAUUAAAAGCAUCAGAAGUAAGAAAUCCAGAUCACACAAAAGCAAUGAUUAAAGAAAAAUUACAACAUGAUCCUGAUUCUGAGAUUGCAACUACUAGUCUAAGAGGAUCUCUGAUUUGUCCUCUUGGAAAAAUGAGAAUGCAAAUUCCUUGUCGAGCAAUUACUUGUACACAUUUGCAAUGUUUUGAUGCAUCAUUAUAUCUUCAAAUGAAUGAGAAAAAACCAACCUGGAUUUGUCCUGUAUGUGAUAAACCUGCUACAUUUAAAAACUUAGUAAUAGAUGGAUUAUUUAUGGAAAUCACAACUAAAGCCCCAUCAGAUUGUACUGAGGUCCAGUUUCAUGAAGAUGGUUCUUGGACACCACUUCUACAUAAAAAGGAAACACAUGUUAUAAACACAUCAGUUGUUCAACAUAGUCCUCCUAGGUUAAUGUCUCCUCAGACUGAAAAGAAAAAAACUAAAGUAGAAGUAAUUGAUCUCACACUUGAAAGUAGUAGUGAAGAUGAAGCAGAACAACUUCCACCUCCACCAAGAAGGCAUCAACCAUUGAUGCAGCAGUUACCAGUAUCUCAUCCACCUACUACAUCCUCAUGUUCUAUGAAUCAAAUUAUAAAUUUGCCAUCACCAUCAAUUCAGCCCUCUUCCACAAGUGUCACACCUCUUAUAUCUUUACCUUCCCCAUCUGCUACAUCAUCCCCUUCUUCUUCUUCUAACUCAUCAACAGCAUCAUCAUCGUCGUCAUCGUCAUCCGGUGCAUCUUUUGUUAGUGUGAUAAAUCCAGCUCUUUCUACAAUCAGUUCGGCUACAUCAUCUCCACAGUCAUCCAUACAACUUACGAAUCCUCUGCUGUCAAUGACUGCACGACCACCAGCUACAACAUCAGCUAUUCCUGCCUCAUCUGGCUUGAAUUUGAAUACUGGUCCAGUAGCAACAUCAACACCAACUCCAUCAAUGCCCAGUAGUUCUUUAUAUUCUAAUAUUCCAGUCAUCAAUUCAGGUGCACCAUCCUAUUACCCACAAGCAACAUCUUCAUUUUCUGAUUAUAUAUCGACUGCACCUCCUCUGUUUAAUUACCCAAAUUUUGAUUUAUUUUCACUUCUCCAAUCUACAGAAACAGAUAGAGAGGUGCCAUACUCUACUGUACCAUCUGCUGUUGGUGGGAGGAAAGCUUCCAGUACGACUCCCGAUGUUAUUUCUCUUGAUUGAUAAGAGGCAAAGAAUGGACAUGCCAGACUAGAUACGGUGUCUCAACAUCAGUUGUAUUGUUGUUAAAACUGACAGAUGUGCAGAUCUUCAUUGCAUAAAAGGUGUCAGCUGUGCUGCAUUCAGGAAAUAAUUUAUCAGUAUGUGAUUGCACAAUGAGUGUCAAAGGAGUUUUUCAAGGGAACAAUUUAUUUCAGAUGUUACUGGCUCUUAGACACAAGAAUAAGUAAAACUUGGAGAUAACUGGUAGUGCUGUCAAUAUACAAAAUACUAUAAAGCCAAGCCCACAAUUUGUACAUUGGAACAAACUGUUUUUAAUCUGCAAUUUAUCAUCAUUUUCUUUCCUCCCCAUCCAUUGUUGUAUUCACAUGUACAUAUUUAACAUUGAUGUAUGUAGGAGGAGACGACGAAUGUCUCACGUAUCACUAAAUAUUAUCAGUACACUCGUUUUCUUAGAGUAAUGUUUCUGUCAUUGAAAAUGUGUAUAAUUUUUUUUUUUUCUUUGAGAUUUUCGGUGACCUUUGUAAAUAUUUUUUUGCAUUAAGAAUUUUCUGACAUCAUAUAUGGGGGAAAACCAUUUAGUUUAAUCAAGAUUUAUCUAAAAAUGAAAAUACUGUAUGUAGAAAAAUUAUGACAAAAAUAUUUAUUCAAUGAUUAUAUUAUAUCUCAAUAUAUUAAAAUAUAAUGUACCAAUGGGAUAUUAAUUUUUUAUAUUUCCUGAUAAAAAUUAAUUUCUCUCUUGCAAAUGAAUUGAUUUGCAAGUUGAUGACAUCUGUUAAUUUGUAAUGUCCAUUUAUUAUUUUAUAUUUAGAUUAUUUGCAUGACUAUUAUUAUUGUAUAAAUAAAUAAUAUUUAAGUGAA